GUAGCAUGUUGUGGAUGGAUCAACAAAUACCAUGAUCAAGUUCGUGAUUUUAGUUGCCACUCUGGGCUGUGCCUUUGCCGCCUCCGCCGAUUUGGAUUGGAGAAUUGUCGGUGGUGAGAAAGCUGAAGAUGGUGCUUUCCCAUACCAGAUCUCCUUGAGAAGUUAUGGAAGCCACUCUUGCGGUGGAUCCAUCAUCAACGAAAACUGGAUUUUGACCGCUGCUCACUGCGUACAAGGUGCCUCCGCUUCCUCCAUGUCUGUUGUCGUUGGAUCUAAUAAAUUGAGCGCCGGUGGUGAAUCUUACAAAGUUUCAAAGGCCAUCUACCACGAGAACAAAUUCAACGAGAAGGUUCAACCCAUCAACUUGGCUGAUAAUAGCAUCGGUGGUGGCGAAGAUUGCGUGUUGAGCGGCUGGGGCAGAACUUCGUACCCAGGAAGCGCCCCCAACGACUUGCAAUUCAUUCACUUGAAGACUGUUUCCGUUGACGACUGCAAAGAUCGUCAACGUCCAAACCCGGUGUACGACUCUCAGGUGUGCACAUUCACCAAGAGGGGUGAGGGCGCCUGUCACGGUGACUCCGGUGGUCCAUUGGUCUCUGGUGGCAAGCAAAUUGGUAUCGUCUCUUGGGGACGUCCAUGCGCUGUCGGCUACCCAGAUGUCUUCACCAGGGUCUACUCUUUCUUGGACUGGAUCAACCAAAAUAUCUCUAACUAAAUGAAUUUAUAGCAAUAAAUAAAAUAUUCA